AUGGAAAAAAAUGUCGGUUACAAUUCAAAUCGUUAUGAAAAUAAUGAAAUUAGUUCGGAAAUUCAAACGUUAUUAUCAAAUGAUAAAAUCAAAACGGAAAAUGAAAAUAAAAGUCCAACGUUUAAAGUGUUCAAUUGUAAACCCCAUCAAUUCCCUUUUUCUUCUCGAUCUCUUCGUUCUAAUUCACCCGACUUUGAAAUUCCUAGUUAUCAAAUUAAUCAAUCUGUUAGUAGUAAAAAAACUAAUAAUAAAAGUGAUAAUGAUUCAAGUGAUAUUUUUCUACCAUUUACCCCAGUGUUCUCACCAAUAUCAGUUUUUAAUAAACAGUUUCAACCACCUUCGAUACACAGUCUAGGAACGAUUGCUAAAAAUAGUAGUAGUAGUGGCAGUAAUGAAAUAUUAAAUAUCGAAGAAAAAAGAAAACAAGGUCCUUUCAAAAGUUUACAAAUGGCAGAUAAAGAUAUAUCUUGGGCUAGUUACAUGGCAAGUCCACCUCCUAAACCGCCUUUCAGUCAGUUUAAUACAAUUGAAAAAGCGACAUUUUUCCCAGAGGAAAAAUUUCAAAAGAUUCAACCUAGAGCAUUAUUUUCACCUUGUUCCGAUGUUGACAACUUUGGUUGUUCUUUAUUACCGGUUAGCCCGGAUAGCGACGAGGAAAAAUCCUAUAAAGUCAGCGAAAGACUCUCGGAUGUUUGCGCUACAUUAAGAGAAUUAGAAUUUAAAUCUUUCGAUCAUUCAAUUGAUUAUCAUAAUGAAUCGAUGGAAAAUAAAAUUUUAAAAAGUAAUAAGAUUUUCUAUCCAUCUUCGCCUGUUUUUACACUAAAUCCGAAAAAGUUGGCAGCAUCCGGGAAAAAUAAUGAAAAUCCAGAGUCACCCGAUCUCAUGUUGAGUCAAAUAAGUUCUUUGGAUGUUUUAAAUAAUGAAAUUGGUAGCGAUGUGGAAAAUAUGGAAGAAAAACAUCAUAUUUCUAAUUUAGAAACAAAGGAUGAUGAAUCAUUUGCUAAUUAUUCUUUUACCGAAUUGGAUAAAAUGUGUAAUACUUUAUUGCAAUCCGAAAAUAAAUCCCAGAUUUCUAUUGAAUCAAACAACAAAAUAAUUGAUAAUAGUCUGCUCGAAAAUGAAGAAGAAAAUCAAACAAAUAUGGCGGACCAAGUUGUUAGGAAUGAAAAAUAUUAUUAUCCAUGUGAAAAUUCAGAUGAGCCUCAACUUAUGAAACAAUAUUUUACCACUUUCGAUGAAUUACAUAGUACAUUGAAAAAAAAAAUGGAAGAUGCAGGGGAAAAAUCACAAAAAAAUAAAUCAAAUUGUUAUUUUUGGAACAAAUUUAAAACUCUUCUUGAAUGUAAUACCAACGAAUUGAAUUCUUCUGCAAUUCAAGAAAUUAUUACUGCUAAUGAAAAAUAUUUUAUGAAUGAUAAUGCUGGAAAAGUGAAUUGGAAUGUGAUAAAACAAUACUUGUCAAAGAAUGAUCUUAAAAUUAACAAAGAAGAAAUACUAAACAUAAUAGAAAUGUUAGAAGAAGAAGAAAAAAUGGUUGAAGCUGUUGAAAAAGCAGAAAAAACAUUAGUCGAAAAAACAGGUGAUAGUUUAUUAGCAGUCGAUUCGGAAAAAUCAUUGGUUGAGGAAAAUGAAAUGAUUAAGGUGGCAGAUGAAAUGGAAAAUUCAUUGAUGCCCAAUUCUUUAAUAGCAACAUUUUCAAAUGUCGAUGUUGAGAAUUCGAAUGUUGAAAGGAUAAAUCAAGAGAAAUCAUUAUUAGAUUUUGUACAAGAUUCGAAAAGGGAUUUCAAAACAAACAUUGGUUUUUCAACAGCUUUGGGUUCGAAAAUAACAAUUUCAGCAAAUGCUUUAGAUGCAGCAAAAAAAUUAAUGGAUGACAUUAAUCAGGAGGAAUCAUUUAAAAAUUUAGACGUGAUCGAUGAUUCUUACGUUUCGAAACCGGAAACAGUUAAUUUUCCGAAAAAUUCCACGGAUUUGUCAGUUGGAUUUAAAACUUGUUCGGGUAAAGAAAUAAAAGUUUCAAAAUCAGCUCUGGAAAAAGCUAAUGAGUUAAUGUUUAGCUGUGAUGAUGAUGAUGAUAAUAAAAUAUCGUGCAAUAAGAAAAAAUCUAACGAAGAAGAUGUAAAAUUGAUCGAAGAAUCGAAAAUAAAUUGUGGAUUUUCGACUGCUCGCGGUUUAAAAGUUUCCAUUUCUAAAAAAUCAUUAGAAAAAGCCAAAGAAUUAAUGUCGGAAAUAAAUGAGGAUGAAAAUUUUAUAAGUACAAAUUUAAUUUCGAAUAAAUCAACAGAAAUAUUCAAAAGUGAAGAAUCGAAAAAGGAAAAUGAAAAAUCAGAGUCGAAAUCAUCGGACAAAACAAAAGAAAAAAUAACGAAUUUUCCGAAUAAAGAUGAUGAUGAUGAUGAUGGUUUUCGUAACAUUUUGUCGAAAAAUGGUGGAAAAAAUGAAAAUUUUGGUUUUUUUUCUGCUUCCGGAGAAAAAGUUUUCGUUUCGAAAGAAGCUUUAAAUAAAGCUAAAAAACUUUUAGCAGAAGAAUGCGAUCAAGAUGAUGAAUAUUUUAAAAAGGAGAGAGUUGAAAGUUCAUCCGAUGUUAAAAAACAUCGAGAAAGUUCUAGUAAGGAUUUUUUCGAAAUAGGAUUCAAAACAGGUUUAGGUCACAAAGUGGAAGUUACCGAAGAUGCGUUAAAAAAAGCUAAAAAUUUAUUUAAAGAUUGUGAUAAAAGUUUUCAAAAUAAUUUUGGAGAGGAUUCCAUAAAAAAAUUAAAUAAAUAUAAUCUGGAUGAUUCCGACGACGUUUCCGUCAUCACACCCGAACCCAUCGAAUCCUCGUCGAUAAAUACUCCAGGAAGAGAUUUUGGAGAUUCUUCGAGCAUGUACAAACCAGUUGGAACGAGCACUCCGAAAGAUUUUCACGUAAAUAGAAAGAAAAAGUUGAGUAGGAAAUGGAAAAGCGAUAUGGAAAAUAUCGAAGGCGAUGUCUCGUCGUCACGCGACACGACGACGAAUAAAAGCGUCACGCGAAUUCAAAGAUCUGCUUUUAAUUUCAAAUUAGAAACGAUUGCCGAAUCUGACGACGAUGAUGGUGACGCCAGAAAUUCCAAAGCUUCCGGUUUUACGAUGAACUCGUCGGGAAAAAACGAUGAUGAACACAUAAGUAAAAAACUGAGGCUAACGUUCGAUGAAAGAGAAAAUUUAUCGGACAUCACGGAAGUGACUCCAUCCGGUCAGAGUAAUGAUAAUGUCAAGAAAAGAAAACAAGACUUCGAUGUCGAAGGGGAGUCGACGAAUGUCAAAGAUAGACAGUGUAAAAAAAUCAAAGGACCGGAGGACGUUGACGAAAAGGUUUUCGACUCGGAAGAAAUUCAUCUCGACGUGAAAGAGGAAAGGUAUUUAGCGAGAGUGAGUCAAGAACAAAGGAUUAAAAACAAAGAGAAAGUCACGCCGAUUCGUGGUACGCUAACGGUGAAAAAGUCGGAAAAGAAUCGUCCGAAAUUAGCGGAAAUGGUCAAACAUUUAGUCGGGGAAAAUUAUUACAAGAAAAACUCGUUCAUAAAACCGGAAGAAGCUUUAAAUUAUAAAUUUUCUACCGAGUCCAACACUCACGGUUUUUCAGUGAAUUCUGUAAACGUUGAACUGGACGACGGAUUUCAAAUAAUACCAGAUGACAAUCGACACGAAGCUGGAGUCGAAGAAUUCAAAAGAGGAUUUUUAUCCGGUCCUGGAAUUCAACCGAAUUUAAUUCCGGAAGGAUGGUUUGAAAAUCAUUACAAGUGGAUCGUGUGGAAAUUGUCACAUUACGAAAAAGCAUUUCCGGAAUAUUUCAAAGGGAAAAUUUUAUCACCGAAUCAUGUCAUGCAACAGUUGAAAUAUCGAUACGAUAGAGAAAUAGAUAAAUGCGAACGAUCCGCGUUGAGGAAAAUUUUGGAAAAAGAUGACACGUCACUCAAAAGAAUGGUUUUGUGCGUGUGCGAUGUAAAAAAGAUGACCGGAACCGGAAACGUAACGAAUUACGAAUUGAAUUUAACGGACGGUUGGUACAGUUGCCCGGCAAAAGUUGAUUCCGCCAUGUCCAGGCUCAUAGAAAAAGGAAAAAUAACCGUCGGAAUGAAAUUGAUAACGCAAGGAGCCGUGCUCGUGAAUUGCGAAGAAGGAACGUCUCCUCUCGAGGUGAGUUUCUUUUUUUUUUUUUUUUUCUCUCCAUUUUGUUUUAUUUUUCCAUCGUGA